AUGGAGGACAUUGGUGGGGAAAUGGAGGCUCACAUCUGCCCACGGAGAGAACACAAUUCCUACGCUCCAACAAGGCCCAACGUUUUGCAUUGCUUCGGCGUGGAUUUCCUCUCGAACAAAGAGGUUCUGGAGAUUUUCGCAGAUUGGCAACCCCAGCAGGUCGAGUGGCUAGACGAUUCCUCUUGUAAUCUGGUCUUCGAAGCGGAGGACUCGGUCCAGAAGGCCAAGGAAGAGCUAGCAUUGCCUGGCCAGUCCCCAGAUGAAGUUUGGUUGAAGAGCAAGCCGAUCUCGGUCGGCAAGAAGGACGCCAAGAAGGGAAAGGCUCGGCGUGGAGGUCUCAAGGAAUUGUGCCUUCAACUCCGAGUGGCAACAGAGGCAGACCGGAAGGACCCGGGUCACUCCGGGCACACAGACUCCGUGUACUACGCGCAUGUGAAGGAGCAGCAGGCCUUGGAGAAGCAAGCUACAGAACUGAGGCGCAUGAAGAAGCGCCAGAGGCAAAUGACGCCAAGACGGAAGGAGCUAGCUCCGCAGUCCGCAGAGAUUGCCCCCGGCCAAGGUUCAAGUGUAUCUUCGAUGCCGUGCUCCUCGGAGGUGCAGGCUGCUGAGAGCUCUCCACAGGCGAAGGCCACGACAGAAGGAGCACCUUCUUUCUUAUCUGCACGUCUUGAGUCGUACAACCUGCUGGACCCGCUGCUGUUCAUGAAAGCCUCGUCUGUCAACACCGCGUCAUCUGCGCAGACCGCACCAGGUGCAGGAGAGAAACCCACCCAGGCUGACAACAUAGCACUGAAGAAGGAUGACGACCUGAAAGCAGCACUGAAGCGGGCGGAGGCCGAGUAUGCAGCAGUGUUGCACGCAGCGGCGCCAGCCCACAGUACAGCAGGGGCAGGCACCGGCACCCCGGGGCGACCUCAGCGAACGACUGCUGGCAGAAGAGGCAGAGAGGGUACCCCCGGAGCUGGACGAGGGAGAGAACAGACGCCAGGUCGAGGUCCAGGCCAAUCGCAGAGAGGAAAGAAAAGAAGGCCUGUCGAGCAAGAGCCAAGACCAGUGAACGAGGCUGCACCACCGAACCGGAAAGCGGAGCUGCUCCCACCAGUAGAAAAUUUCCUCAAGAAGCACGGCGUCAGAUGCCGAAGGUAUACGCUGCAGCGGUCUUUCCGAUCAAUCAAAUAUGCGCAGCAAGAGGCAGCCAAAGCCAAGGCGAUUGCAAAGAAAGAAGGUAAACCACUGGCUUCAAAGGCUUCCGAAAAGAUCAAGGCUGCAGAAAUCCCAGCUUGGGACCAGUAUCUGCAGGCUAACUCGUCCUUCGUUUCGCAGGGCAAUUUUAUGCAGACAGUGGCGUGGCAAGUAGAGGGGAGGCGCGUGCUCAGUGUCGUGCCACACGAGAAGAUGACCGAUGUCGAGAAAGUUGCCAAAGCUGUACAGAAGAACGUGUCGUGCGUGAAACAGUGCAAGCUGGCCGACAUUUCCAAGGAGACUGGGUUCCCAGCUUUUGUUUGCCCGCCUUUUGGCUAUCCACCUGACGCUGAAGGUCGGCCCCCACUUCUUCUUGUUGACAGCUCUGUCACCGAAAUGAAGCGGCCGUUGCUCUUCGAUGUUGGCUCCAUGGGCGUCUCUCUCACGGUCAGUGAGUUCCUGCGCAGCACGCGUGCCUGUUGCGUGGAGAACCUGACACAGUCCGCCAUGCCAAACUCAAGGAAGAUACCGGUUGCCGAAAGCGCAGAUGGGGCUUCUCCGGAGCCGGCUCCCGAGCCUGCCCCGAUCAUCAAUGCGGCUGAUGCCAUCAUGACGACCGAAACCAUCGAAGCAGAACAGCUAGAUUGUGUGACUGGCUCCAACGCGAAACGAUGUAGCGCCGCGGCUGAUGUGGAGGUCUCGCUGCGUUUCUGGCAUGCCAGUCUAUCUCGGGAGCUGAGCAAGAAAGCCUGCUCCAGGAACCAGCCGUGGUUCUCAAAGAUUGGCAAUGCAUUGCCCAGCAUGGCAGAAGCAGCUGCUGCUGCGAAGGCCGGAGACUUCAAUGUGUUGUCCAAAGCCGCAUCCUCUGCUCAGCAGGGCUUUCAGCAGGGCUUCUCUGACAUCACAGGGAAAGCAAAGGGGAUGGCCAAGCAAGCCUCCACGACCAUUUCGGAGAAUGCAAUUUCCAGAGAGAGGUGGAUGACCUUCUUCGGGGGAGCUCUACUUGGAUGCUUUCUCAUGAGUCUUGCCUUCGUAUUCCUGCCUAUCGUGGUAUUAAUGCCGCAGAAAUUUGCGUUGCUUUUCACCCUUGGUUCACUGUGCUUCCUCGGAAGCUUCUCGGCCCUUCGUGGGCAUGCGGCUUUCGCGAGGCAUUUGUUUUCCCGCAGCCGGCUUCCGUUUACAGUGACCUACAGCGCUUCCAUGGUGCAUGGCCCAAGGAGCUCCCGUCAUUACCCUUGCAGACGAGCGGUCGCUACGUGGUUGAUUCACAAGGCCGGCGUGUGCGGCUUCACUGUGUCAACUGGUACGGUGCACACCUGCCGCAGCUGGCAGCCAAUGGACUCAACCGUCAGACAGCAGGAGAGAUCGCACGCACCAUCGCAGCUUCGGGCUUCAAUUGUGUCCGGCUGCCAUUCAGUUUGGAUGGCGUUCUCGGCAACAUCUCCCGGCUCCCCAACCCCGAGGUGUCUCUGGCGGCGAAUCCCGCGCUCCAGGACCGUUCUCCUAGACGUCUCUCCUCUGGAGCUCUUCGAUGUGACGGUGCAUGAGCUGACAGCCAACGGGUUAAUGGUUAUCCUCAACAACCAUGUAUCUACCAGCAUGUGGUGCUGCAGCACCACGGACCAAGAAGGUUUGUGGUACACUCCAGCUUACCAAGAGACGGCAUGGCUGGAUGCUCUCGGUUUGAUGACCUCCCGUUACAAGGACAACCCACUUGUCGUCGGCUUCGAUCUUCGAAACGAAAUCCGGCCAUCAGGCUUUGCCUGGCCUGGAUGGCACACGGAGGAUCCUCGGACCGAUUGGGCAGCAGCUUCGGUGAGAGGUGCCCGCCGGGUUCUGGAUGCCAAUGAAAACAUGCUGAUCAUCAUCUCUGGCGUGUAUUUUGGUUUGUUCCUUUGCCAGGUUCCGACAUAUCCUGUGCACACAGAGGUUCCGUUUCUGCGCGGCCGCGUUGUUUAUACAGCCCACGAGUACAAUUGGUUUAACUUUCAUUUUCUUGCAAGAGAGAUUAUCCAGAUCUACUGCUUAGUCCUUGCAGUCGUUUUUGCGGUGAGCUGGCUGCUCAGUGCCUUGGUUCGCCGUGGACGUCGCAGGCCGAACCCUGCAACACAGCGGAUCCUACGUUACUUCUACUACAUCGCUGGAUGCACGCGAUGCCGCUGCCGCAGCGUGCGUGCCGAAGAACAGAUGGUAGCAGACGGCCACAGUAGAAGAUGUGGCUUGGAGUUCACAGCUGCUGCGCUUCUGACGGCAUUGUGUGCUCUAUGCCUCAAAGUCGUGCCGUUAUUUGUUCAUACUUGCGCAUUCGAUGGCUUUAUGGCGGCCACACUGUGUGCGGUGUUUGCACCAACUCUGGCAUUGGUAAGCUUGGUGCUGUGGAUCAGAGCUGCGUUUCUGGCCUUCACACAGCAUCUGGAGCCAGCGGACUUGCGAACUCUGCGUCCGAGUCGGCCCACAUUGCCUUUACCGGAGAACGAAGAGCCCCUCCCAUCUGAGUCGUACCAGCGCAGCUGUACCACAGCCUGGCAUGUCAAGCAGUGCCGCUCACCGGGCUGUGUACUCCUCCUUGUGGCCUGCGUAGCAUUUUCUGGGCUCUCGGCCAUGUGGGUGGAGUUCGGUUCCUACGAGGCCUUCGAGAGAGAGCUGGACUUCAAGUGGGGUUUUCUUUUGUCUGGGUCUGGCCCUGCUGCAGCUCCUGUCUGGCUCGGUGAGUUCGGAACAAACACCCAGUCCUUGUGGUGGGAGCACAUGCUGAGAUACUUGCAGAAGCGUGACCUGGAUUUUGCAUACUGGAGCGUCAAUGGCGAGAAGUUCAACGGCGAGCCUGAGUCUUUCGGGCUCUUCAUGGAGAAUUUCAUAGACGUUAAGCAGCCGUGGAAGCUUCAGCAGCUGCAGGCCACCAUGAAGAUGCAGAUUGGGCCAGAGCUAAGUGGCAGCAUGUCAUGA